AUGCUGACCCCCAUUAGGGUCCGCGGCCGUAGAAAGAAAGCCCUUGCACAGAACUCUAACCAUGCCCAAGGCGGCAAGGCAAGACCAAGCGGGCCCAAGGGCGGCCGUCCCUUGAUGUCCCGUGAGGCCAGACUCGACUCGUCUCAGGCCAGGAACAAUAAGAGAGCCCGCCUGUGGGCCGCAAGGCCAUCGAAGCGUCGCAAAACAUUGUCUUUGCUUGAGACUCUUCCGGUGGAGUUGAUCGAGAAGAUCUUCUUGUACUCGUUGAAUGUCAAUCUACCCCGUGCAUCGCCCUCGCUGGCGGCGGCGGUGUCGAGUGAGCGCAUCUAUCGCAUGUUGAUACUGCUCGGUUUCUGGAAUGAUUCCGCAUCAGAAGCUGAGGAUCCUGACUCUGCUAUCUCGAGGAUACUGAGACCGUUGGACUAUGCUCCUCUGCAGGAUGAUGACCGCGAAAAUCUUCAGACGUCCGUCCUGCGCUGCCGGUGGUGCACGAUGCCCCGGUUGCUCAUGCAGUUGUCGGACAUGACAAACCUAACUAUCCAGAGACAUUGGGUCAACGCUGGUAUUGAAAUGACUAGAGACCAACAAGAAUCCUUAGACCGGUUCCUCGCACGAGAGAACGACACUUCUACAUACGAAGGUACCGACAAAGACGGCAACCACUACACUCUAUCCAUCACUCCCUUCGUAUCAAUAAACAUCGCAUGCCAGGAAACCGACGAGCAACAAACCCACAAGAUCCUCAGCAUUAAACACUUUCCGGAGAAGCUCCUCCUUGGCGCCAGCGGAGAGGGCUUCAGCGACGACCACGCAACGCACCUCGAGAUCAUGCGAGUCGCCUGCGGGCUCAGUCGCUCCGACCACCUAGAGACAGACGUCUCUGUCUCCCGCGAAUCCCUGCACCAAGGCGUCCACAUUGCCCUCGUGGAACACAACACGAGAGCACUCGCCACCCUCCUCAAAAUAGACGAGUACAUCUUCCGCAGCAACGCAGCCGUCGCCGGCGGCUUGCCAUAUAGCAUCCCACCCGAACAUUUCCGCACAGCUGUCCGAGUCGCACGGAACGACCCCGCUCUGUUCCAAACAUUGCUUCGAGCCAGCGCGGAAUCUGUCCCGGCGGAUGAUCCCGAGAUUACGGAGUGGGCGAUGAAUCUCGGGGACCCGUUUGGCCAUUGGUUGCUGGAUUUAAUGUUAAGGCUUCCGCAGCAGAUAGAGACUGCGAAUGCGAAUCCGGCAGAGGGUGCGCUGUUCUAUCUGGGGAGAGCGAAUGGGCAGAUUGAGCUGGCGAGACGGUAUUUGCAGGAUGUAUUGAAUGUGGACGAGCUGCCGAGUUGGAUGGAGGCGUCCGAUGACCUGUUUAGGCAAUGGAGGGUUAUCACAACUACGACAGGAAGAGACAGGUUCGUAGAGAGCCAGUAUUGA